GGCGCGCAGCUCCAGGCCUGGAGGCGGGGGUCUCCGCCGGGCAAGCCCCCGGGCCCGGGUUCCCGGCCACCCCUCUCUUAGAGGCCCUCCUGGGGGGCCAGGCGCCCCGCCCAUCCUCAGAGGGACCCAGAACCCCCCUGGUGAACGUCCCAGAAAUGUGUCUGACUCCAGCCGCCUCGGCACCAGAUCUUUCUCCGCCGGGAUCCUCAGCUAAGACCGCGGCCAUGCCGGUGACGGUGACCCGCACGACCAUCACGACCACGUCCUCCUCGGCCUCCCCGACCAUCCUGGGGUCCCCUCGGGCGCUGACCCAGCCCCUGGGCCUGCUCCGCCUGCUCCAGCUGCUCUCCACCUGCGUGGCCUUCUCGCUGGUCGCCAGCGUGAACGCGUGGGUAGGGUUCUCGGGGAACUGGUGCAUGUUCGCCUGGUGCUUCUGCUUCGCCAUGACCUUCAUCAUCAUCGUGGUGGAGCUGGGCGGGCUCCAGGCUCGCUUCCCGCUGUCCUGGCGCAACUUCCCCAUCACCUACGCCUGCUACGCCGCCCUCUUCUGCCUCUCGGCCUCCAUCAUCUACCCCACCACCUACGUCCAGUUCAUGGGUCAAGGCCGCUCCAGGGACCACGCCAUCGCCGCCACCGCCUUCUCCUGCAUCGCGUGCGUGGCUUACGCCACCGAGGUGGCCUGGACCCGGGCCCGGCCCGGCGAGAUCACAGGCUACAUGGCCACCGUGCCGGGCCUGCUCAAGGUGGUGGAGACCUUCGUGGCCUGCAUCAUCUUCGCCUUCAUCAGCGAACCCUACAUAUACAAGAACAAGCCAGCGCUGGAGUGGUGCGUGGCGGUCUACGCCAUCUGCUUCAUCCUGGCCGCCGUGGCCAUCCUCCUGAACCUGUUCGACUGCACCAACGCACUGCCCAUCCCCUUCCCCACCUUCCUGUCCGGCCUGGCCCUGCUCUCCGUCCUCUUCUACGCCUCGGCCAUGGUCCUCUGGCCUCUCUACCAGUUCGAUGAGAAGUAUGGCGGCAACCCCGAGCGCAGGAAGGAUUUCGGCUGCGGGAGCAGCCACGCCCACUACGUGUGCAGCUGGGACCGCCGUCUGGCCGUGGCCAUCCUCACGGCCAUCAACCUGCUGGCCUACGUGGCCGACCUGGUGCACUCUGCCCGCCUGGUCUUUGUCAGGGUGUGAGGCGUGCUGUCCGGGAGCUCCCGACUCCCUCCUCUCUCUCCCAGGGUGUCCCUCCCGGGUUCUGGUCUCCUCCGAUGUCCUCCCCCUGCGUCUCCUCUCCCAUUCCUGUCACCUGCUCUCCCCGUCCCGUGCUCUCUGCCCCCUUCCCUUCCUGCGUCUUUGGCUGCCCACACCCUGGGCUGCCUCUCUCUCCUCGCUCACUCUCUCCUUUCCUCCCUGGUCUGUUCCUUCCUGGCGACCCGCCCUAUUGGCUUUCUUGCCUGCCUUGUUUUCUGUACCACUUCUUCCCACUUCCCUUCUUCCGCUUUCCUCGGGAGCCCUGGGACUUCUUGGUCACCCCCCCCUCACUGCCACCCCAACUCCAAAGGUGCUGAGCUCCACACCUCACACCCCACAUAGAAGCUGGUCAGACCCCAGGCCCCCUGAGGGGCCUCAUUGCCAAAGCAUGUGCCCACGCUGGCUGUGCCUUAGUAGGUGUGUGUGUGUGUGUGUGUGUGUGUGUGUGUGUUUGGGGGGUGGGAGGGUAGCUAGGGACGGGGACCCUUUUCUCGCAGUGGAAGAGGGUAUAUAGUAAAGCCUCCCCUUUAAGUAAAAAUAAAAAAUCCCUGGAGGUCAGUUAUUUCCAACUAGAGGCCCGAUGCAUGAAAUUCGUGCAAAGGGGCUCGGCCCUCGCAGCCCUGGCUGCCUCGGGGGCCCCAGGGCCCCGCCCACUGGUGGUUCCGGAAGGUCGUCCAGAAGGUCGUCCUGCCGUCCAGUCUAAUUAGCAUAUUAGCUCUUUAUGAUAUAGGAUGGGCAGGAGGGGGCUUACAUCACAGACCCUGGGUCCUUAGGCCCCACCUGGCACCCAGUCUCACCAGAAUUUUUGCCAGGCUUACCAAAACCCCCUCCCCACGGGCUGCCUUGGGGACCCAAGGACGGUGGCUGUCUUCCAUCCUAACUACCCUCUGGGUACCGGGCUGUCUGCAGUAUUUUCGAGGGGCAGGAACGUGGGGCUCCAGCCUCAGUAUGAAGGAGAGCAUGUGCCGCCUUUGCUGGGAGGAGAACGUGGCCACGGCGGCGGGCGGCCUUCCCGGGAGGGUGAGCCUGGGGUUUUUCUUCUUCCUGUCACAAGGGCAGAAAUGACUGGGUGGUCCUCUUCUUAAAGGGGAAGAGUUCCUUUUUUUUUUUUUUUUUUUAAUUUGUGGGAUGGCUGCCGCCAUAGUCAGAGGAUCGCGCUGCUUGAGUGUGUGAGACACACACGCAUGUUUCUGUGUGCUUAGUUGCUUCCUGCCGCCGCUUCCUGCUUCUCUGGGACUCACACGCCUAACAUGAUAUAUAUAAAUGUAUAAAUACAUAUUUUAUUAUUUUUUAAUUCCCUGGAGCUUCUGGUUCCCAUCAGCCCCUGCUGUCCCUUAGAGAGGGAAGCCUUGUCCCUCCCCCCCACACCCAUAAUGUUCUUUAUUUUAUUUUUUACCUCAAUAUAAAGGUAAAAGGAAGA